CCCAUGUCUCCGUUCACUCCGCCUUAUCCACCUUAUGAUCCCAUAGACACAGAUGGAUUCUCCUACGAAACCGUAUCCAAACGAUGGCCAGUAAUCCUGACGAAGCUCAUUGACCAUAUUCAUCGCACCAAUCAUGAACUUACCGUUGCUGGAAUGCAAGGUGGCAAUGACGUCGAGAAAAACUGGGAGGAACGCGUCGAAGAGGGCAAAGUAAUUAUCGGAAAGGUUAGCAAGCUGAAGUAUGAGAUGGCAAGGGAUAGGGAGUUACAGCCGGUUGAAGAGGAUGAAGAGGCAGAUGUGGAUACAUACAAUCUCGAGCUCACAAAACUUGCAGAGAAAGGAAUGAAUGCCUGGUUCAAGGCACCAUGGCUAUAUGCCGAAUGUUAUUUGUAUCGCACCCUGCGCUCCUGGUUUAGUAUAACGACACAUUGGCGUUACUACGAUCCGUUCCUCGCAGGAAAGGAGGAUUCGUUUAAAGCAUCAUCAGCUGCAAUAUAUAAACUUGCAGCAACAAUGCAUGAGCUCGAAGAGACAGGGGCCGGACUUGAGAAAGACCCAGAGAAGUUGGCCGUACUCUUUAACGAGAUGAUCCAGAUGUGCCUAUGGGGAAAUGCAACUGACCUGUCACUGUUGACUAAUUUGACACACGAGGAUAUACUUAAACUGCAGAGUGUCGGGAAGGACGCUCAAGAAGAACGUAAAGAAUACAUUCUACAUGACGACGAAAAGAAUGCUUUUCAGUAUCUGACAACUCUGCGCAAUGCGAGGGUUGAUUUAGUCUUAGACAAUGCUGGAUUCGAGCUCUUCACAGAUCUUGUUUUUGCGGAUUUCCUUGUCACAUUUACACCAUACGUGUCGAAAGUUGUAUUCCAUCCUAAAUCAAUUCCGUGGUUUGUCUCGGACGUGACGCCACCAGAUUUCAUCGCACUCUUUUCCUCUCUCAAGUCCGAAACGUUCUUCCUUGAGGAUGCCCCUUCCGAGUCUUCACGUUCUCAACUCUCUAUUCUCCUUCAACGCUGGGAGAAAUAUAUUGCUAUUGGUGCGUUUGAAUUGAGCAUACCGAUGGAGACGAAGUUGGGUGAAAAAAACGCCAUGAUUGACUUUUGGACGAGCCCAUAUCCGUAUUGGGAUAUGAGUGAGAAGGCUCCUGUGUUGUUUGAGAGUUUGAAAAAGAGUGGGCUUGUUAUCUUGAAGGGUGAUUUGAACUAUAGAAAGUUGACUGGUGAUGUCAAGUGGCCAGCGUCGACGCCAGUAAGCGAAGCAAUAGGCCCGUUAUCAGGCGCCUUCCCAACCCUUAGUCUACGUACGAGCAAAGCAGAUGUGGUCGUUGGCGUGGACCAGGCCAAGGCAGAUGCACUUGACGCGAGCGGUGAGAAGUGGAGGGUGAAUGGAAAGUAUGCAAUGAUUUCAUUCGUGCCAAAAGAAGGCGCAUAAUUAAUAGUAACAGGCAGCAUAUAAGAAAUGUACACAAAUAAAGAUUUAGAUAGAUAUUUCC